AUGGAGACCAGUCAGGACACUUCCCUCUUCUUGGUGAAGAUCUUAGAGGAGCUGGACAGCAAACAAAAUACAGUUUCCUACCAGGACCUGUGCAAAUCCCUGUGCGCCCGCUUUGACCUGUCCCAGCUCGCCAAACUGAGAAGCGUGCUCUUCUACACGGCUUGCCUCGACCCCAAUUUCCCAGCCACGUUGUUCAAAGACAAGAUGAAAUGCACCGUCAACAACCAGCAAUCGAAGAAGAUCAUGGUGGCGGCAGAUAUCGUGACGAUAUUCAACCUGAUCCAGAUGAAUGGGGGCGCCGCCAAGGAGAAGCUGCCCAGCGGCCGGCAGAAGGCGCGCAAGAAGGAGGCGUCCUUUGACUCGUGCCGCUCGGACACGGAGAUCUGCGGCGCCGCCGAGUGUGAGGCCCUGGACUGCGAAAUGAGCGACAGGCCUUUCAGCCGGGGCUACCCGCCCCGCCAGUCGUCCAAGUGCCGGAAGAUGGACUGCAAGGACUGCCCGCAGUUCGUACCUGCCUCCGAGCCCAACUUCCUGCUGGGGGUGAGCAAAGAGGGGAAGCACCGGGCGGCUUCCCUGGACAGGCUGCAGGCUCUGGCCACGUACUCGGUGGCCAGCCCUCAGCCGUGCGAGAUGCAGAGAACGUACUUCCCCAUGAACAUCGAGAACGAGUCCAUGUCCGAUCAGGACUCCCUGCCCCUCGCCCAGGGCAUCAAGGAGACUUUCAUUGCUAACGAGGAGCCCUUCGUGGUCCAGUCCUGUGUCCAGAAAAGGAACAUCUUCAAAGAGGAUUUUCACAAUCUGAUGGCCGUGUCCCCGGGGUUGGCCGGCCCCGCUACCAAGGCAGAGGGCGAACGCGGGGAACCCCAGGGCCGCAAGGAGGCCCACAAAACGCCCUUCCCUAAUCACAGCUUCGAGAUGCCCUACAACAGCCAGUACCUGAAUCCCGUGUACUCCCCUGUUCCUGACAAGAGGCGGGCAAAGCACGAAAGCUUAGAUGACCUUCAAGCCUCCACGUAUUUUGGACCCACUCCAGUGAUGGGGACCCAGGAGGCCAGGCGCUGUCCAGGAAGGCCCAGCAAGCAGACUCCCUGGCCGGCUAAAAGCUGGAGCCUAAACACGGAAGAAGUCCCUGACUUUGAACGGUCCUUUUUCAAUAGGAAUCCCUCCGAGGAGAAGCUCCGCUAUCCAAAUUCCAGCAGCCAGACCCCCAGUUUCCCAACCCCAGACAGGCGCCCAGCUUACCUCACACCACAGGACCAACAGCCAAUUCUCCCUGUCGGCUAUGCGGCCAAACCAAACGGACUCAAGUCUAAAGAGAUCUCGUCCCCCGUUGACCUGGAGAAGCAUGAACCGGUCAAAAAGUUUAAAGACAAGAGCAUUAGCUGUACCAGUGGACAGCUCAGCUCAGACACCAGUAGCGUGGGCACCCAGACCGAGCAGCAUGUGCUGGAGCCCAAGAAAUGCAAGGACUUGUGCGCCUCCGGGCAGGGCAAGUUCAGCGACAGGCACACCAUGAAGCAGUCAGAUGACGACUCGGAAGUCGUCAGCGAUGACAUCAGCGACAUUUUCCGGUUUCUCGAUGACAUGAGCAUCAGUGGCUCGACGGGAGUGAUACAGUCAUCCUGCUACAACAGCACAGGGUCCUUGUCUCAGCUUCACAAGUCGGACUGUGACAGUUCACCAGAGCACAACCGAGCCAAAAUCGCCAACGGGCUCCCAAGCAGCAAAGGAGAAAAGGGCAACCGGCCUGAAAAUGGCCACCACUCAGAAGAGGAGUUGAAGACCAGUGUGUGCAAACUGGUGCUCAGGAUCGGCGAAAUUGAACGGAAGCUUGAAUCGCUCUCUGGUGUCCGCGAGGAAAUCUCCCAGGUCCUGGGAAAGCUCAAUAAAUUGGAUCAGAAAAUGCAGCAGCCUGAGAAGGUGAGUGUGCAGAUAGAUCUGAAUUCCUUGACCAGCGAGGCUCCCUCCGAUGAGAGCGCCUCUCCUCAGAUGUUCCGUGCACACAACGGCCCCCACGGACCCAAACUGGAGAACAGUGCCGACUGGUGCUGCUCGGAUGCCAGCGGAAGCAACAGUGAAAGCCUUCGUGUCCAGGCCUUAAAAAAAAGCCUCUUCACCAGGCCCUCCUCCAGGUCCCUGACGGAGGAGAACAGUGCCACGGAAUCCAAAAUCGCCAGCAUCUCCAACUCGCCCAGGGACUGGCGCACCAUCACGUACCCCAACCGUGUGGGCGUCGGCGAGGAGGAGAUCAAGGACAGAGGCCCCGGAGACAGUACGGACUGGCAUCGAAAAUCUAAAGAGGCAGACAGGCAGUACGACCUCCCCCCGCAGCACCGGCUGCCCAAGCAGCCCCAAGAUGGCUUCCUGGUGGAGCAGGUGUUCAGCCCACACCCCUACCCCGCCUCCCUCAAGGCCCACAUGAAGAACAACCCCCUGUACACGGACAUGCGGCUGACGGAGCUGGCCGAGGUGAAGCGGGGCCAGCCUUCCUGGACCAUCGAGGAGUACACACGCAAUGCCGGUGACAAGGGCAAGCUGACGGCCUUGGACCUGCAGACGCAAGAAUCUUUAAACCCAAACAACUUAGAAUAUUGGAUGGAAGAUAUUUACACGCCAGGCUACGACUCAUUACUAAAACGUAAAGAAGCCGAGUUCAGACGAGCCAAGGUCUGCAAGAUAGCUGCUCUGAUUGCUGCGGCCGCGUGUACGGUCAUUCUUGUCAUCGUUGUGCCCAUCUGCACCAUGAAAUCGUGAGCCCAGGGACUCAAUGUUGUGGACGGCUGGUGACGCCCGAUGUCUCCCUCUGUAGUUUAAGACCAUGCAGCGGUCUGGCCACAGGCUGGGGAGAGAGAGAUGAAAUCGUGGAGGCUUUUCUGCACCUGCUGACCAUGGUCUUCAGAAAGUAUAUAUUCGAGAGAGAUCUACCUUACCUGUUAGCUUUGAUUUAAUCACACACGGAUGAAUUUUAAGAAGUGCAAUAUCUUUUCCUACCAGAAGAAUGUAAUGGACUACCAGUAGAUACACACUGAAUUCCAAGCAAAAAAGUAAAAAUAGAGAGAGAGAGAAGAAAGAUUAAUUGGUUGGAUUCUUUCCAUUUUGAUGAAAUUUCAUGGCGGGGAAUAUGGUAUAGAGGAAAUAUUUAAUACAUGCCUCUUUGAGGGAAGC